AACGGUUUCGAAUGUAUAAACUAAUUAACUAAAGAAUAUACAUUGAAGAAUUGAAAGCUAUUGAAACAUAUCCGUCGCGAAAUUAAGGAUUAGUUGUUUUUUUUUAAUCUUGUAAUGUUUGUAGUGAAUUGAUAAAGAAGAGAAUAUUCUAUUAUUGUUUAAAAUAUGCUACAACAACAUCAGCAACCACCUCAACAACAAGGAUAUUACGAAUACAAUCACCCGAGUCCUGGAAGCUUGACAAAUUCCGAUUCAUGCAAUACGACGCCAUUUUCAGUGAAGGAUAUUUUGAAUUUGGUUAAUCAGAAUGAACCUUAUACUGGUUGUCACAUGGAUGGCACCAGUUCUGCAACAAACCUCUAUCCUGACUAUGAUCGCUACCCAGAUCCGGCGGCGAUGGUUCCGCAUGGAUACAUUGCUCAAGGUCAGAUUUACUCAUCGUACGAUUACAACAACAGUCCACACCAUCCACAUCCGCAUUCGCAUCCACACAGCCACCAUCAUCCAUCCUUGCAUCAAGCAUAUCAAUACACCCCUCAAUACUACCCCACAGCAACUCCUCAAGGAUUCACCUACCCGUAUGCCGAUAUUCCUCCAAACGGUACGCAUACCCAUGUCCUUCUUAACGAUGGAACUUAUAUGAAACAGGAAGUAAUGCCACCAUCUUAUGUAACACCCUCACCUACGUUAGACUUAAAUAGUUCAGCCGAAGUCGACGUUUGCGCAAGUAGGUCAUCCUGUCCUAGUUCGGAGAAGGAUCCAGCGGUGCCAGCACAAAUUUCCGGCAGUCCUUGCAACGAAAUCACUUCCCAACAUGUCAAGGAACUUGAGACGAUAUGUGACUUCGACGAUACUGAUGAUACGGAUGCGACACAACAGAAAGACUCCACCCACGUGACUUCGUCACGCUCUGAAUUGCGAAAGAAUGGUAAACCUCGAGCCAAACGAAAGCCUCGCGUCCUGUUCUCCCAAGCUCAAGUUCUCGAACUCGAACGCAGAUUCCGUCAGCAGAAAUACCUCACCGGUGCCGAACGUGAAGUUAUCGCUCACAAAUUGAAUCUUUCUGCGACCCAGGUGAAAAUUUGGUUUCAAAAUCGCCGUUACAAGUCGAAACGUAUGGAAUGUGAUAAUGGCUGUGCAGACCCAUCGGCUGCCUCAAAGUGCAGCCUCGACUGGAAGAAGUAUCCAGUUGUUGGAGUUUAUGGUGUCGAAUCGAGGAAGUCAUCGCCAAUGGAGGGCAUGACAAUGCAUAUGCACGGAUCAGUAGGAAUUGUACCAGUUGGUUCAGGGGCAGCGCAACCCCCUCCAUAUCCAUCAAACGUCACUAACCAUAGUGGUGGGGUUGGUGGAGUUAAAUAUGAACUACCUGCGAAUAACCAUCAUGAACCAGACGUGCAUUUCGUCAAUGCUUAUGAACCUCCAAAAGCUUAUUGGCUUUAA